CCUUAUCCUCUUAUUUAUCACGAUAAACCGAUUACCCUAAUGUCAAAGUCUCUUCUUUUCUCUUCUCUUCUUCUCCUUCCUUAUUUCCAUCCGCUUGGCACUGCCUGGAGACAGAUAAACAAUACCCAUUUUUUCCUUUUUCCUUUUUCUCUUCUUCAAAUGGACAAUAUCAAUGGUUUGUUAAAGGAGAAAACACAAUUUACUUUUGUUUUUAUUUAAGUUAUCAGUGAGAAGCCGGAAAGAAAGUGAAGAGCAAAGGGGAGAGGAUGUCUUGUUUGUUGCCACAGUUCAAGUGCCAACCUGUCAUUUUCUCUAUCCAAUUCAGACCUCACCACUCUCACCAUUCAAAACAUAAAGAAUCUAUAUGUUUCCAAACACAAUGUGUUUUAUCUACCACUUUACCAUCAACAUCAACAGUGACAACUGCAGUGCUUGAUGUAGAGAAGCUAAGAUUACCAUAUUUUGAAGCUUGUCCAAAUUCAGUUGUGGCGGAUAGACCAUGGACAUAUACAGGGGCAACCGGUCUGCCCUCAGAGGCAAGCUAUGGAGCAACUGAAAAUCUUCUUACAAGUGAUGAGGAUGUAAUUGCUGCUGCAGCUGCUGAGGCAGUAGCUCUUGCACGAGCAGCUGUUAAAGUUGCCAAGGAUGCUGCCUUGAUGGUUAAGAACCGCAGUUCUGCAAAAACAGAAAUGAAAUCUGCAGUGUCAUCUGUGACUGAUAUUUGCACAUCCAAGUGGGCUCUGUUUACUGAAGCAGAGAGGGCUAGUAUUGUUGGAGAUUUCCUCACAGAUGAAAGUGAACUGGAAGAAAAUGAUUCAGAGCAACAUUUGACAAAAGAAUCUGAUGAACUAGAGCCCACAAAUGAAGAACUUGAACUUCUUGAGGAACGAUUAUCCAGAAGUAUAGCAGUGAGGUCAAAGCGCCAACCAGAACGAAAAGCCAGAAGAACAAAAGCAGCAGAGAAGGCUGCUGCCAACAUUGUUUCUGUGAAGUCCGGUUCUACCAGCAGAAAGAGGCGCGGUGCUUUACAAGAUGUAGACUACUCUGAUCCAUUGCGUUACUUGAGAGGGACUACCAGUACUUUCAGGCUUCUCACUGCUAAUGAAGAACUUGAGUUGUCGGAAGGAAUACAGGAUCUACUGAAACUGGAAAAGCUCCAGGAGGAGCUUGCAGAGCGAUGUGGAGGACAGCCAACCUUUGCACAGUGGGCUGCUGCUGCUGGAGUUGACCAGAAGACCCUGAGAAGGCGCUUAAAUUAUGGUGUGCUUUGCAAGGACAAAAUGAUUAAAAGCAACAUACGGCUUGUUAUUUCAAUUGCAAAAAAUUAUCGGGGAGUUGGAAUGAAUAUCCAAGAUCUUGUUCAGGAAGGAUGCCGGGGCCUUGUAAGAGGUGCUGAGAAGUUUGAUGCUUCUAAAGGUUUCAAGUUCUCAACUUAUGCUCACUGGUGGAUUAAGCAGGCUGUACGGAAGUCUCUCUCGAAUAAGUCAAGGACUAUUCGCCUGCCAAUUCACAUGGUUGAGGCAACAUAUAGAGUGAAGGAGGCUAGAAAGCAGUUGUACAGUGAAAAUGGAAGACAGCCUGACAAUGAAGAGGUUGCAGAGGCAACUGGGCUCUCCAUGAAGAAGCUUGCUGACGUUCUACUCGCACCGAAGCCUCCUAGAUCUCUUGAUCAGAAGAUUGGGAUCAACCAAAAUCUCAAACCUUCGGAAGUAAUUGCUGAUCCUGAAGCAGAAACACCAGAAGAUAUGCUGAUCAAGCUGUUCAUGAAGAAGGAUCUGCAUAAGGCGUUGGACGGUCUGCGUCCAAGAGAAAGGCAGGUGAUGAGAUGGAGGUUUGGAAUAGAAGACGGAAGGAUGAAAACUUUGCAAGAAAUCGGGGAGUCAAUGGGUGUAAGCAGAGAAAGAAUCCGGCAAAUUGAGUUGUGUGCCUUUCGGAACUUGAAGAACAAAAUGAGAACAAAACAUUUGCACCAAUAUUAGCUUUCGUAUGCCUAAAAAGAUCCAGGAUUCAGAUUACUGAUGAACCUACUAGCAUCCAUAGUUGAGGAUCAAAAGGCUUGUUUAAGAAAUUCUUAUUUCUUUUUCAUUAGCCAGCGGUACAAAUGUAUCUUCCCCUUUAGGUGUACCUGCAAAUGUUUGUUCAUUGAAAACAUAGUUUUUUGAAGCAUUUCACAAAAUUUUUUUUAUGUACCAGAGACAUAAAAUUCAGGCACCAAAAA